UCUUCUCGGGCCUGGGCGGUGCAGACAAGGCCUGAGGCGGCGGCGCGAGGCAGUAUGGUUUGAAGUGGUGAACAUGGAUUUUUCUCGGCUUCACAUGUACAGUCCUCCCCAGUGUGUGCCGGAGAACACGGGCUACACGUAUGCGCUCAGUUCCAGUUAUUCUUCAGAUGCUCUGGAUUUUGAGACCGAGCACAAAUUGGACCCUGUAUUUGAUUCUCCACGGAUGUCCCGCCGUAGUUUGCGCCUGGCCACGACAGCAUGUACCCUAGGGGAUGGUGAGGCUGUGGGUGCCGACGGUGGUGCUAGCAGUGCUGUCUUCCUCAAGAACCGAGCGGCCAGAACAGCGAAACAGCGCAGAAGCACAAACAAAUCAGCUUUUAGUAUCAACCACGUGUCAAGGCAGGUCACGUCCUCUGGCAUCAGCCACAGCGGCACUGACAGCCUGCAGGAUGCUGUGACUCGACGGCCUCCUGUACUGGAUGAGUCUUGGAUUCGUGAACAGACCACAGUGGACCACUUCUGGGGUCUUGACGAUGAUGGUGAUCUUAAAGGUGGAAAUAAAGCUGCCAUUCAGGGAAACGGGGACUUGGGAGCCGCUGCUGCCACUGCGCACAACGGCUUCUCCUGCAGCAACUGCAGCAUGCUCUCCGAGCGCAAGGACGUGCUCACAGCGCACCCCGCAGCUCCCGGGCCUGUGUCGAGAGUUUAUUCUAGGGACAGGAAUCAAAAACGCGGUGCGUCUUUCUACGUGAAUAGGAUUUUGUGGCUGGCCAGAUACACUGCGUCAUCUUUUUCAUCAUUUUUAGUUCAACUUUUUCAAGUGGUUUUAAUGAAGCUCAAUUAUGAAUCAGAAAAUUACAAAUUGAAAACUUAUGAAUCAAAAGAUUAUGAAUCCGAAAGCUUUAAGUCAAAAAGCCAUGAAUCAAAAGCUCAUGCCAGUUACUGUGGGAGAAUGAAUGUGAGAGAGGUUCUCAGAGAGGAUGGCCACCUCAGUGUAAAUGGGGAAGUGCUGUGCAACAACUGUAAGGGCAAGAGGCACCUUGACGCGUACACAGCUGUCCGCUUGCAGUCACCACGGCCACCCAGGCGGGCAGGGACCCUCCGGCACAUCUGGGCGUGUGCAGGUUACUUCUUGCUGCAGACUCUGCGCAGGAUCGGAGCUGCGGGCCGGGCUGUGUCUGGGACGGCGUGGUCGGCCCUUUGGCUGGCCGUGGUUGCUCCAGGGAAGGCAGCCUCCGGAGUGUUCUGGUGGCUGGGGAUUGGAUGGUACCAGUUUGUUACUUUGAUUUCUUGGCUGAAUGUGUUUCUUCUUACCAGGUGCCUUCGAAACAUCUGCAAGCUUUUAGUCUUGCUCGUCCCACUCCUCCUUUUACUCGCAGGUCUCUCCUUAUGGGGCCAGGGUGAUUUCUUUUCGUUCCUGCCUGUGUUGAACUGGGCAAGCAUGCAUAGAACACAGCGGGUGGAUGACCCCCAGGAUGUAUUUAAACCCGCGACUUCUCGCCUGAACCAGCCUCUGCAGGGUGACGACGAGGCUUUUCCAUGGCAUUGGAUGAGUGGUGUGGAGCAGCAGGUGACCUCUCUGUCUGGACAGUGCCACCACCAUGGCGAGAAUCUCCGAGAGCUGACCACUUUGCUUCAGAAGCUGCAGGCUCGGGUGGACCAGAUGGACGAUGGCGCUGCUGGCGCAUCAGCAUCGGUCAGAGAUGCUGUGGGACAGUCCCUGAGGGAGACUGACUUUAUGGCUUUUCACCGAGAACAUGAAGUGCGCAUCUCACACUUGGAAGAUAUUCUGGGAAAACUGAGAGAAAAAUCUGAGGCCAUCCAGAAGGAACUAGAACAGACCAAGCAAAAAACAAUCAGUGCGGUUGAUGAGCAGCUCCUGCCCACGGUCGAGCACCUCCAGCUGGAGCUGGAUCAGCUAAAGUCAGAGCUGUCCAGCUGGCGACACGUGAAGACCGGCUGUGAGACAGUGGAUGCCGUACGAGAAAGAGUGGAUGUGCAAGUCAGAGAAACGGUGAAACUCCUGUUAUCCGAAGAUCAGCAAGGCGGCUCUCUGGAACAGCUGCUACAGAGGUUCUCGUCGCAGUGUGUGAGCAGAGGCGACCUGCACACGAUGCUGCGAGACCUGGAGCUGCAGAUCCUGAGGAACGUCACCCACCACAUUUCCAUGACCAAGCGGCUCCCAGCCUCGGAAGCCGUGGUGUCUGCUGUGAGCGAGGCGGGGGCGUCUGGAAUAACAGAGGCGCAAGCACGUGCCAUCGUGGACAACGCCUUGAAGCUGUAUUCCCAAGAUAAGACUGGAAUGGUGGACUUUGCUCUGGAAUCUGGUGGUGGCAGCAUCCUGAGUACUCGCUGUUCUGAAACUUACGAAACCAAAACGGCCCUGAUGAGUCUGUUUGGGAUCCCGCUGUGGUACUUCUCGCAGUCCCCGCGCGUGGUCAUCCAGCCUGACAUUUACCCCGGUAACUGCUGGGCAUUUAAAGGCUCCCAGGGGUACCUGGUGGUGAGGCUCUCCAUGAUGAUCCACCCAGCCGCCUUCACUCUGGAGCACAUUCCUAAGACGCUGUCGCCCACAGGCAACAUCAGCAGCGCCCCCAAGGACUUCGCCGUCUAUGGAUUGGAAAAUGAGUAUCAGGAAGAAGGGCAGCUUCUGGGACAGUUCACGUAUGAUCAGGACGGGGAGUCGCUCCAGAUGUUCCAGGCCCUGAAAACACCCAAUGACACAGUUUUCCAAAUAGUGGAACUUCGGAUUUUUUCUAACUGGGGCCAUCCUGAGUACACCUGUCUGUAUCGCUUCAGAGUUCAUGGCGAGCCUGUCAAGUGAAGACACUACUCAUUAUUUUUGUACAUUUUUGUAUAUACUGGGACAGCCUGAAACACUGGAAUCCUUCGUGGACGAGGGCAUAGACAAUGAUGGGACAGUGCCACUCCUUCAAUAAACGUCGCUGCUGGCCAGGGACAGGAGCGUGUGACGGGCGCCCUGGCGCCACCUGUUGGGUGCUCACUGACUGCACGUGCAGAGGGGUCAGCAGCAGGGGAAGCAUGUUGAACACGUGUCUCUCAGACGCUCCUUGUUUGUAAUGGGAAGUUCUUUGUAUUUGCAUUUCCUUGACAACAGGAGCAAAGCAGAGGAAGCUGAGAGUCUGGCGUGUUCUUGACGCUUUGCUCUUGAGCCUUGCACUGGCUCUUCUAAAGGACUUUUGGAGGGCAGAUAAUUUCAUCUGUUAAAUCCAACACACAUUUCUUUCAGGGAAAAACAAUGUCACCAAAUUUUCAGAGUUCUAAACUCCUUUCCUUCAAGCCGGGAUUUUCCUUUAUUCAGCACCAGUACGUACUAAGUCUCCAGAUGGGGAAGUGACUAAAAUGGGUUUUUCUGCUUUGUUUGCUCUUCUGAGAAAGGUUUCCAGUCUGGACUCGAUGUACCAAUAUCCAUGGUGGAAUAUGGGAGCGUUUGGUUCUCCUUGUAGGCUGAAGUCAGUCUGACUUGAAGGAGGCUGGUUUGGGUCUAAGCAAACACCCAGAUGGGGUUCUCUGGUCUCAGCAAGGCUUUUCCUGUUGGGAGUCAUAGUAAACAGAAACCCAGAAAUCUCACCUUGGGUGUUCUCAGGGCUCGUUUUGAGUUUUGCUGAAUAGGGAGCACGAGAUACCCUGAGCCUUCCUCUCUCACUGGUGGUGAUCAGAGGAGCUGUCUGGUGUGUCAGGGUCAUGAACCCGUUACAUUUCAGGACAAUCCUUUUUCCUUCAGCAGCACUUCUUACUGGCUCUGGCUGGAAUCUGCCUUUUAUCACAGCUGUCACCAUUCUCACGUGCUUCUUGUGAGACUCUUUGGUUAUAAUUACUAUUUAAUAUUUAGACUAUUUUACUGAGCAGACUUUAUAAAUGAGAUAUCUGCAAGGCACUUAAAGUGUUACAGAUGUUUUACCUUAAGAAUUAUUUAAGUUGUGUUGGCUUAAGACAGUUUUCGGUGUACCGUAAAUGAUGUGUUUUCAGAAAAAGACAAAACGAUGGUGCUGACUGGUUUUCUGUAUAUUGCACAACAGUCCUCAAAUCCACGAAACUAUUCAUACAUCAAGCAGCAUUUUUUUCACUCUCCUUAGAAUUGGAACUAUGCAGUUAAGGCAGAUAAAAUGUACAGAUGUUUCAUAUAUUACAGGUUACAUAUAUAAAUCAAAAUUUCCUAUAUAAAACUGAUUUGGGAUUUGGGGUGGAAAUAUUUUGAAUAUUAAUUUAUUUUUAAAGAUGCAAGAUAGGACUUUGUGCAAUGUAUUUUUGUAAAUGCUUUUCAAAAUAUCUGUCUUUGGUAGUGCUUCUGCUGCUGCCACCAAAUUGGUAAGAUGCUAUUAAGAGGUUUAAAUAAAGAGUUUUAAUUUUUAAAAGUU